AUGCUGGUGGCGGUAGCGCGUGUGACAAGACACAUCAUCUGCUGUGCAAUGGACGUAUCCAGUGGGAUCUUCAGAGGAGCCACCUUCGAUUACGGUGACAGUGCAGAUGAAGGCGACACCUGUGGAAAGCGGCAGUGCCGGCACACAGCAGCUGCGGAAGAUGGCAGCACCACGCCCAAGCCAACGGCUCCACUGGCCACCAGCACACGCCACCACGAUGUACACCAACAGAAGCAGCAAAGCAGCAAAGCGACGAAAACUCUGCUGUGA